AUGUUCUUCGGAGCAUUGCUUGCUGCAACGCAAGGUACUCUCAACUCGUGUUCAUCACUUAUAUUCAGGCAUCUCACGGACGCACUUAUCAUAGGUCAAUUUGAAUGGGACAUGGGCAUAUUCGACGAUUACGAGUUCAAGCAACUCGCUAUGACUUCAGUCAAAAAUUACGCCUUAUUUGGUGCCGGGCAGUUUGCGCUAGGUUUUCUCUCGAUGUGUUGUUGGCACACCGUCUGCGAGCGGCAAGUGUAUCAAAUACGAAAUCGCUACUUUGCCGCCGUUCUCAAGCAAGAUAUGGCUUGUGGCAUCGAUCGGAUACGAGACGGUAUAGGUGACAAGCUUGGAGCAAUGUUUGCCUACUUCGCCACAUUCAUUGCCGGGAUAAAUGUCGCUGUGUGGAACAGCUGGCAAAUGACUCUGGUUAUGAUCGCUUUCUUUCCGCUCUUUUUUGGACCUCUGACAAUUGCUUCAAAGUUGAUGGGUAAAAUCGCACCAAAGGAGCAACAAGCUUAUACAGAUGCUGGUGGCACUGCAGAAGAAGUGAUUCACGGCAUAAGGACCGUUAUGGCAUUUAACGGCCAAGAGAAAGAGAUAAAACGGUAUGGGAAUCACCUGGACAAAGGAAUGAAGUAUGGAGUAAGAAAGGCAUUGCUGACAUCGUUUGGAACAGCAUUUAUUAUGGGCGCUUUGUUUGUUUCAAUGGCUAUAUCGUUCUGGUACGGAACAAAGCUGGUGAUAUCCGGCAGCAUAACACCCGGAACUGUCUUUGCUGUAUUUUGGGCUGUUAUCGGUGGAGCUUUCGCUGUAGGUCAAGCUGCCCCGCAAAUUGGAACCCUUAUAGCCAGCACAACGGCUGCUGCACCCAUCUUCGCCAUUAUUGACAGGGAGCCGCCGAUAAAUUCCACUUCAAAAGCUGGGAAAAUCCCAGAUAUCAAAGGCGAAAUAAAAUUAGAAAACGUGAGGUUCUCUUAUCCUUCUCGUCCCGAGGUUGAAGUGCUGAAAGGAAUUACCAUCAAUGUCAAAAGCGGUCAGCAUAUCGCACUGGUUGGGCAUAGUGGUUGUGGGAAAAGCACACUUGUUGGUCUGCUCCUUAGAUUCUAUGAACAGCAGUCAGGACAAAUAUUUAUAGACGACACUCCAAUCAAGGACUUCAACAUCGAGUAUUUACGAAACGUUGUGGGUGUCGUGUCGCAGGAGCCAGCUCUUUUUGCUGAUACGGUGGAAAAUAACAUAAGAUUAGGACGCGCUGACAUAUCUGAAAGCGAGAUGGUGCAAUGCUGCAAGAUGGCAAAUGCUCACGACUUUAUUAUGAGUCUAUCUCAAGGCUAUAAGACCAGAAUAGGAGAGGGAGGUGUGCAACUUUCUGGUGGUCAAAAGCAGCGAGUAGCUAUUGCUCGGGCCCUUGCAAGGAAUCCUCGCAUACUGCUGCUUGAUGAGGCUACCAGCGCACUGGACGCUGAAAGCGAAAGCAUUGUUCAGGAGGCAUUGGACAAUGUAUUAGGUGGCAGAACGACUAUAUCGAUAGCGCAUAGACUUUCUACAAUCAAAAACGCGGACCAUAUCUAUGUCUUCAACAGCGGCUGCAUUGUGGAAGAUGGUCGGCAUGACGAGUUAAUGAAAAAGGAAGGUGUUUAUGCUGAUCUCGUGAGGGCACAAGAAAUAGAGAAAGCUGAGAAAAAGGUAGAAGAGGAAGAAGAAGAAUUUACGUCGUUUGGUGCAAAAACACAAAAACAGAACGGACUCAUUAGAAAAUUAAGCAGAAGGCUGUCGCGAGCUGUCACAAAUACUUCUGAAAGCAAAAAAUUGGAACUCGAUGAACUCCAGGAAGAGAUCUCGGCAAAAAAUACGCAUAAUGCAAGCAUUUUGGACAUUAUCAAACAUGCACGUGCUGAAUGGCCUCAGCUGGUGGUGGCGCUUGUCUUUUCAGCUGUACGAGGAAUGACUUUUCCUGUUUUCUCCAUAAUCUAUGGUAAAAUGUUCAAAACUUUGACUGCUGAAACGAAUGAUGAGAAACUCCACGGAGCAAUGAUGAAUGCUAUAUGGUUCACAAUUCUCGGGAUAUCUAGUGGAUGCAGCACUAUGCUCUCGGGUUUCCUAUUUGGAAGAGCUGGUGAAUCUUUUACCAGAAGGCUAAGGAUGUCACUUUUCACCAAUAUUAUAAAACAGGAUGGAGAAUAUUUCGAUCACGAUGAUCACGCAUCAGGUAAACUGACUACAAGACUUUCCACGGAUGCUCCGAAUAUAAGAGCGGCCAUCGAUCAACGUCUCGCAGAUGUUGUUGCAGCAGUCUCCUCUCUGAUAGGUGGUAUAUCCAUAGCUUUCUCAUACGGACCAAAAAUGGCACCAGUAGGAGUUCUUACCGCUGUGGUUCUAAUUACAUUGCAAACCCUUGUUGCUCAGUAUCUGAAAAUACGUGGUCAAAAAGACGCCGUGAAAGCAGAAGAACCAUCAAGACUGGCUGCCGAAGCGAUACAGCAACAUAAAACUGUACAAUAUCUAACCAAGGAGGAAUUCUUUGUAGACAAGUUCAUUACACAAAUGAAUGGACCACAUCGAAGGACAAUUAUUAGAGGCAAGAUUUUCGUGUUACUCCAAAAAAGAAAAGUUCACAAAGUGAUUGAGUCGUUAAAUACAGCAUCAAUGUCGAUUAUAGCGUUUGCCACGUACUUCCCCGAGUAUGUGCGAGCACGGCUUUCAGCUUCACUCCUCUUCCAAAUGUUAAACGAGAAACCAAAGAUUGACAGCAUGUCCACUUUAGGGAAGACUACUGCACUACAAGGCACAAUUCAAUUGCAUGAUCUUUUCUUCUCAUAUCCGAACAGCAAAAAGAACAUGGUACUAAAGGGUGUCAAUAUAAAGGUUCCAGCAGGAAAGACUGUUGCCUUCGUUGGACCAAGCGGUUGCGGAAAAAGUACCUCAAUACAACUCAUUGAAAGAUUUUACGAUCCCUCAGUUGGCAAACUGCUGUUCGACGGGGAAGAUGCGCGUGAGUUAAAUUUGCGACACCUUCGCUCUCAUAUAUCACUAGUAGGACAGGAACCUACUCUUUUCAACUAUUCCAUCAGAGAUAAUAUUGCUUACGGAAUCGAAAGUCCUACAGACGAAAAAGUAGAAGGAGCGGCAAGAUUAGCUAACGCACACGACUUUAUUACCAAACUUCCAGAGGGUUACGAUACCGUUGUUGGUGAGAAGGGUGGAAUGUUAUCUGGUGGACAAAAACAACGUAUAGCCAUUGCACGUGCAGUCAUACGAAACCCCAGAAUACUCCUGCUAGAUGAGGCGACUAGUGCUUUGGACACUGAAAGUGAAAAGAUCGUACAAGAAGCCUUGGAACGAGCAAGAGAAGGAAGGACAUGCAUAGUCGUAGCUCAUCGUCUCUCGUCCAUACAAAACGCCGAUUUGAUAGUGGUUCUGCAGAACGGGAAAGUUGAGGAGCAAGGUACUCAUCAGGAACUUCUUGCUAUGGAAGGUCUCUACGCCGGACUAGUUAGCAAACAAGAUCUCAACUAA